AUGAACUUACACCGGAGCCCUCCUAGUCACUACGGAUCGCAACCAAACAUCACAGAGUUAAGUAAUAAUGAACCGCCCUCGGAGCAGCAAGUGACCUUCAGGAAACGGAAGAAUCCUCAUGAGUUCAACCCUGAGCAAUUUAACAAAAAGAUGGAUGACUCCAUGGCUAGUUUGCGGUCUAACAUAAUCAUCGAUGUCAAUAACUCGUUGGCCACAUUUCGUGAUCAUAUGUCCGCAGUUAUGCAAGAUUUGAUUGAGAAACAAAAUGUAAGCAUAAAGGAACUGACUGUGCAGGUAUCUAGCUUUUCCACACAAAUUAGCGACAUGAAGUUAGAGUGUGAUAGGAUCAAAUCGGAAAAUAAACAAAAUGCUAAUGACGUUAAAAAUCUCAAGGCAGACAAUGAGAACCUUCAUACCAAGCUAGCAUCAUUGGAGAAAAAGUUGUCCGAUAGCACUGUUACUAUCGCUGAUCUCUCCAACCAGCUCUCAUAUAAAGAUCAACAAAAUAGGAUGAAUAAUUUGGAGAUAUCGGGGGUACCUUGCACCAAAUCAGAAAAUUUAUUAAAUAUCAUCCAAACGAUAUCUGCCAAAAUAGGCGUAUCUUUAUGCAUAUCUGACAUAGAUCAUAUUCACCGAGUCCGACGUUUUCCUGUAACGAGAAAAAUUAACGACAACAGUGCUCAAGCAGCAGCUCAGAUCCCAAACAUCAUUGUCCGGUUCACGCAACGGCAGAAGAAAUCGGACCUGCUUGCGGCGGUACGCGCUAGGCGCGGUCUGACUACCGCCGACUUAAAUAUCGACGGUCCCGCCCGGCCAGUAUUUGUGAGUGAACAUCUGACGCCUAGCAACAAAAUGUUAUACAGUCAAACGCGGAAACUAGGUAGGGAAUGCGGAUAUGCCUACAUUUGGAUUAGAGAUUGUAGGAUUUUUGUCAGAAAAAACGAUGCAUCUAAGCCCAUAUUAAUUUCCAGUGAAAGUGACCUUACAAAAAUAAAAUGA